AUGGCAAAUGUCAUUCAGAAGACUAUCAAAAGAGUAGCCAUUAUCGGUGGUGGCCCUGGUGGUAUUGCCGCUGCUAGAGCAUUGCGUGACGAAGAUGCCUUUGAUGUUAUUACAAUUUUCGAGAGAAACAAUCAUACAGGCGGCACAUGGUGUUACUCGCCCGAGAGAAAUCCGCCUCCACCAUUUCCCUCUACAGACGCAUUAAAAGUAGACACAACACUGGAAUUAGAUCAGCUACACUCACCCAUUUAUGCUAAUCUUCAUACAAAUCUGCCUCAUUCUGUCAUGUGUUUCCAAGAUGCACCCUUUCCCAAAAAUACACCCGACUUUCCAUCGCAUACGCAUGUCAUGGACUAUCUUAGUGAACUAGCAAAAAAUGAGAAUUUGCUACCCUGUAUACGAUUUUCGACACUAGUGGAAAAGGCUGUAUUCGAAAAUGACGUCUGGAAAGUUUCAGUAAAGAACGAUAAAGAAGCUUACACUGCGGAAUUUGACGCUCUUGUGGUUGCCACCGGUCAUUAUGCAGUUCCUUACGUACCUGACAUCCCAGGGUUAGAAACGCUUGCUCUAAAUAAGAAGAUUCAAUUACUUCAUUCGCGGGAUUAUCGUCGACCUGAAGAAUUUAAGGGGAAGACAAUCUUGGUGAUAGGCGGUGGGUCUUCAGCCAUUGAUAUUGUACGAGAGACAUCCACCGUGGCAACCAAAGUGUAUCAGUGUAUUCGCACUCAAACAGAACUCUCUCGUCAAGCUGUCGAGAGAAAUCCUCCAAAUGUCCAUCAAGUUGCACUCGUAAAUCAAUUCAGCGUUGAUGACACUGGCUUUCCUUGUAUUGAAUUGCAAGACGACACAAAACUAGCAAAUGUAGAUGUCGUUGUAUUUGGCACAGGCUAUCUCUACAGUUUCCCAUUUUUACCCUUCCAGAAGGACAACCUUAUCAAAACUGGACAAAAAGUGCAUCACCUCACUCAAUACAUGUUCUAUCAAAACAAUCCUACGCUGUGCUUUCUGGGUCUACCAAUUCGAGUAGUUCCACUGCCAUUAAUGCAGCGUCAAAGUAUCGUCAUGGCAAGGUAUUGGAGUGGCAGGAUUCCUAUGCUACCUCCUACAUCAGAGGAGUCUAGUAGUGCAGAUGACAAUGACAAUCGCUUAGAGUUUAUCAUGGGCGUUGCAAAGGAGUUUGACUAUGAUGAAAGACUAGGUGCUUGGGCUGAGGGCUGGACUGAUGCUGAUAGAGAGGGUUGGCAAUCAGAUCAUCCUGUAACGGGUCGCCUAUCAGAGAAAUGGAAGGAUCUUCGUAAAAAUGCAUUGAGCUUGCGAAGAGAAUACUUGGGAUAUUAG